AUAGAGGCCGCGCGCGCGGAGCUAGCGCUCGCAGGCUCCCCGCCCCUCCCACAACGCUCGACCCCGGGAUACCCCCGGCUCUCCUGCCGCCAUGGCCGACAAGGAAGCAGCCUUUGACGAUGCAGUGGAAGAACGUGUGAUCAACGAGGAGUACAAAAUAUGGAAAAAGAACACCCCUUUUCUUUAUGAUUUGGUGAUGACCCAUGCUCUGGAGUGGCCCAGCCUAACAGCACAGUGGCUUCCAGAUGUAACCAGACCAGAAGGAAAAGAUUUCAGCAUUCAUCGACUUGUCCUGGGGACACACACAUCCGAUGAGCAAAACCACCUUGUGAUAGCCAGUGUACAGCUCCCCAAUGAUGAUGCUCAAUUUGAUGCAUCACACUACGACAGUGAGAAAGGAGAAUUUGGAGGUUUUGGCUCAGUUAGUGGGAAAAUUGAAAUAGAAAUCAAGAUCAACCAUGAAGGAGAAGUAAAUAGGGCUCGUUAUAUGCCCCAGAACCCUUGCAUCAUUGCAACAAAGACUCCAUCCAGUGAUGUUCUUGUUUUUGACUAUACAAAACAUCCUUCUAAACCAGACCCUUCUGGAGAGUGCAACCCAGACUUGCGUCUCCGUGGACAUCAGAAGGAAGGGUAUGGGCUUUCUUGGAACCCAAAUCUCAGUGGGCACUUACUUAGUGCUUCAGAUGACCAUACCAUCUGCCUAUGGGAUAUCAGUGCCGUCCCAAAGGAAGGGAAAGUGGUCGAUGCGAAGACCAUCUUUACAGGGCAUACAGCAGUAGUAGAAGAUGUUUCCUGGCAUCUGCUCCAUGAGUCCCUGUUUGGGUCAGUUGCUGACGAUCAGAAACUUAUGAUUUGGGAUACUCGUUCAAACAAUACUUCCAAACCAAGCCACUCAGUAGAUGCUCACACUGCUGAAGUGAACUGCCUCUCUUUCAAUCCUUAUAGUGAGUUCAUACUUGCCACAGGAUCAGCUGAUAAGACUGUUGCCUUGUGGGAUCUGAGAAAUCUGAAACUUAAGUUGCAUUCCUUUGAAUCACAUAAGGAUGAAAUAUUUCAGGUUCAAUGGUCACCUCACAAUGAGACUAUUCUGGCUUCUAGUGGUACUGAUCGUAGACUGAAUGUCUGGGAUUUAAGUAAAAUUGGAGAAGAACAAUCCCCAGAAGAUGCAGAAGAUGGCCCACCAGAAUUAUUGUUUAUUCAUGGUGGUCACACUGCCAAGAUAUCUGAUUUCUCCUGGAAUCCCAAUGAACCUUGGGUGAUUUGUUCUGUAUCAGAAGACAAUAUCAUGCAAGUGUGGCAAAUGGCAGAGAACAUCUAUAAUGAUGAAGAUCCUGAAGGAAGUGUGGAUCCUGAAGGACAAGGAUCUUAGAUGUGUCUGCACUUGUGAUUUUAGACUCCCCUUUUUUCCCUCUCAACCCUGAGAUUGAUUUAACACUGGUUUUGAGAGAGAGACUUUGUUCAGCUAUCCCUCUAUAUAGGUACCACCAACAAUUCCUAUUAGCCCAAACAGUGGGUGUUUUCUAAAUAUUAACUGGGAUACUUUAUUCAGCAAAGCCAGACUUAUUUAAAUUUUGUUCAGGAAUUUUCUAGUAACAAACCCGGGUCUAAAGUAGCUACAGAAAGGGGAAUAUUAUGUGUGGUUAUUUUUCUUCUUAAGCUAUAUCCCCAAGUUUUUUGGACUCAUUUAAGUAAAAGCUAGAGUGAGUAAGGAAUAGAGCCAAGUGAGGUAGGUGUCUGAGCCAUGAAGUAUAAAUACCGCAAGAUGUCAUUUUUAUUCAGGAAUUAGGGGAGAUUCAAGUCAUAUAGAUUCCUACUCUAAAAUCUUCACACCUGACUUUCCAGGAUGCACAUUUUCCUAUGUAGACCAGUCUCCUCUUGAUUUCUACAGUUAAGUCAAAACUACAUGUUCCUCCUUUCCCAUAUAUUUUUGCUUGUUAGUGUAUUUCUUGAGCUAUUUUCGUAUUAUUCCUUACCUUUAUGUGAAAUGGUUUUUGUUUUUUUGUUCUUUUUUUUUUUUUUUUUAACUUGGGA